GCCUCUGGUUACUCAGGUAGCAGUUCCACUGAGCCUGGGAUCAACAGGGCCUCAGGAAAGCCAACCUACCCUAGAAUCACCUUCCAAACUCUAUUGAAGUCGAGGACAGGGACCCCAUGAACGAGGAAUAGCUAAGCAGAAGAACUCCAUAAAGCACUUUCUAGGAAAGUGAGAGAGUGUAGGAUAAGGUAGUAAGAGCAGUUUCUGGCUCCAACCAGGAUAAGUAGCUGGAAGUACCCUUCCUUACAGGCAUUGCUGCCUUAGUAUAGGGCCACAGUUAAGAUAUAGGAAUCAGGCUAGUGAAAACCCCUGAUCCAUAAUCAGCUGUUGGGAUCCUAAUACAAGCUAAGGUAUUCAUCCUGAGGACCUAAGGUAUCUUUCCACACUGUACUCCAUAGUGGUGCCGUGCUGACAGGUGUCUUUACCCUGCCCAGACUCAUUAGAGGUGGGAUAAACCGGUGGGCAUCCUCUCUUGCUAUCCUCAGAGUGUUAAGCUGCUGUUUCCUCUGCUUUUUAAUUGAAAGAAAUGUCUAUUUGCCUGAGGCUAUUUCAGCUUUUUGGUGAGCUGCUGAAUCUGAUUGCCAAGUGUGAAAGAAAAAAGAAACCAUCUUGUUUCUUUACUCCAUCUUGUAUAAGAAUGUUUUCUUCUUGCUGUUGAACAAAUUCUUGAUGAGUCAUUGAACUUGUGAUAAAAGGGGCCCCAUGGGUGUUGGCCAAUGGGGCCUCUUUGCCUGUUCUGUUUUUAGAGAUAGCAGAGCUAACUACUGAUAAGAGUGUUUCAUCUUAGAGACAAUUCUGUUAAGACUGUAUAAUACCUUUGUACAAAUAAACGUAGCGGCAAUCAAACUGGCCUAUCCAACAGCUUCAUCUUCAACACAAGGGGUUAACCAUCUACAAACCCUUACCCCUCCCCUUUUUACAACAUUUUCUUUUAAGAUCCUAAUAAGUUUAAAUCGACCUGGGGGGUGUAGGAAAAGUUCAUUCUGAGUAAGGACUGAAGCUUAAGCAUCAGCAACACCAGGGAGCAGGAGUGGGAGAACUGUGGAAACCAGAAAAUGAAUAAAAAAUUUGUCAUCACUCUUCUCAUUCUUUCUGUUGCUACAAUUGUCAUUUUGGUAUCCGUUUUGUUGUUGGGAUCCAAACAAAGACCCUGUGGCCAUGGAAAUCCAACAUCUCCUCAAUUAAAACACAAUGACAAGAGCUUAGUCUUUUCAGACCUGACGCCUGAAGAACUUACUGAAGUCAAGGAGUUCCUCAAGAAAAAAUUCCCUGUGGUGGAUAUCUCCAAAGCCGACCCUAAUUCCAACUGCAUUUAUUCAGUGGUACUUCAGCUUCCCCGUAAGACAGAUGUACUGUUAUAUCUGGACAAGGGUGGACCAAAGCCUGCAAGAGAAGCUCUGGCUGUUGUUUACUUUGGAAACCAGGAGAAACCUGAAGUUAAAGAAUAUGUGGUAGGACCUAUUCCUAAUCCUUCAUACUGCAAUGAUAUCACACUGAAAAAAUACAACAAACCAAUUGCUUAUUACCGAAGACCAGUUAUCAGCAAUGAGUACAUGCAGGUAAGCAAGUUUGUCACUACCAAAGAAUUUCCUAAAGCCAUAACCUUUCUUAAAGAAGUUUUAGGUUAUGAUGGGUCUGACAGUGACUAUUUUGGUGUUCUGACAAGCGCACCACGGGGUCUUAAGUCUGGUGACCGGAGUACUUGGUUUGGCAUUUUUUUUAACACUCAAGGCAGUGGCUUUUAUAUACACCCUACAGGGCUUAAACUCUUGGUGAAUCACAAGCACCUAGAUAUAAGCAAAUGGAGUGUUGAAAAAGUCUUCUACAAUGGUAAAUAUUUUGAAAAUCUGAAUGAAUUAGAGGUGCAGUACAAACAGAGAGGAUUGAAAGUAGUUAAAAUAGAAAGACCUCAACCUCAUGAAGAUUUUGGAUCUCUAAAACCCAAAAAAAACACUGUUACUGAUAUACCUAUGCAGUAUGAGCCGCAAGGGCCUCGUUACAGUGUCAAGAACAAUCAAGUAUUAUUUCAGCACUGGAAUAUUGCCUUUGGGGUUAAUGCAAACUCAGGACCUAGGCUUUAUGAUGUGAGAUUCAAAGGAGAAAGGAUUGUUUAUGAACUUGGCAUCCAAGAAGCAAUCUCAGUUUAUGGGUCUAAUGGACCAACUGGAAUGGUAACAAGAUACAUGGAUGGAUACUUUGGGAUUGGUCGCUUUGUUUAUCAGCUGGUUCGUGGGAUUGACUGUCCCUAUUUUGCUACCUAUGUAGACACUUAUUACUUACUUGAUUCCGAUACAUAUGUGCGUAACAAGGAUUCCAUCUGCAUAUUUGAGCUUAAUUCAGGUCUUCCUUUAAGGCGUCACUCAUCUUCACUAGGUUCUUUCUACUAUGGUGGCUUGGCCAACACUGUUCUGGUGAUUAGGUCCAUUGCAACACUGGGUAACUAUGAUUAUGUUUUUGAUUUCAUGUUUUAUCAAAAUGGAGCAAUUGAGACCAAAGUCCAUGCCACGGGGUAUAUAAGUUCAUCAUUUUACAUGGACGGCGGAAGUAAUUAUGGAAACCGCGUGGGGCCUCACACUCUGGGGACUAUUCACACACAUUUUAUCAAUUACAAAGUGGAUCUGGAUGUUGGAAGAACAAACAAUUCAGUGGUGGCUCAUGAUAUGGAGUUUGAGCCUGUUAAAGUCCCUUGGAGUUCUGAAGGGCAAAUCCAAAGAACAAGGCUCACCAAGAAAGUACUGGAGAAUGAGAAUCAGACGGCGUUUGAAUUGCACACAAGCAUGCCUCGGUAUAUUCAGUUUGCAAGUUACAAGAAAAACAUAUGGGACCAUGAACAUUCUUAUAGGAUCCAGAUGGUCAGUUUUGCCGGGGAUUUCCUGCCAGAGACGAGUCCUAUCCACAAUGCAAUGAACUGGGCCAAGUACAAACUGACCGUUACUAAGCGCAAGGAUGAAGAACCUCAAAGCAGCAGUAUCUACAACCAAAAUGACCCCUGGUCUCCAACCGUUAAGUUUUCUAGCUUUAUAAAUAACGACAACAUCAAAGAUGAGGUAAGUAACUGUAAAUAAUCUAAUUAGUGAUUC